CUGAUCUUUGAUAUCAUUUUAAAUUAGUAUGAUUAUAUACUAUUAGUUGUCUCCAAAGAAGCUGAGAGUCGUCCAGAAACAUUCUGUUGUAGAGAACUAUGUACUUCAUUUUUUUAAUACCUCGGUGGAUAGAUAAGAAUGCAGCAGUAAAAUGUUCUAUUACAAUCAAAAGUCUUUUCUUUCCUUUUGCAUGUGCAUCCGUUUCUUAAAUGAUGAAAUAAAAAUUUGAACCACUGACCAAAUGCUAGGUAGUGUGAUUGCUCUCUGCCAAGAUAUAUACCACAUAGAGAGGUUUAGAGUUUGGGAGAAUUAACAAUAUGUUAAUGUUUUUUUAUUUGAUAGUGUAGAAUAUGUUAAAGUUUGGCAAGAUCCUUCCAUAUUGAUGAUAUUCAGAGGCUUUGAUGCAGAUUAUUUUUGUGCCUUUCUAUACAUUUUUUCUUUUCUUGAGCUUUUUUUUUUUUGCUUGGCACGUCCAACACUUAGUUACUUGCUAAAGAUUUUCUUCUGCACGUGAUUGUAUUUUGUGGAUUGUUCCUAUUUGUGAAGACAACACAAAAUGCUAUUCUUUUUGCCUGCCAUCCAUUUUUCAUAAUUAACAAAAAAACAUGUUGGAGUUAAUUUCCAUUUCCGCUAUUCAUCUUUUGGCAAGUCAAAGUUAUGUCAAGUUCUUCACCUGGUACUGCUCUUUUGUCAAGUCCAAGUUAUGGAGACCUUGUUCUGUGCUGCUACAUAUACCUUUCAGGUCUUACGCACAUGGUUUACCCAGGUGCUGUGCAUUCGCGAUUCGAACAUUCACUUGGAGUGUAUUGGCUUGCAGGUGAAGCACUGCACAGGCUAAGAAAGUAUCAGGGAUUGGAGCUCGACAUUGAUCGUUCUGAUGUCUUGGCAGUGAAACUUGCUGGCCUAUUACAUGAUGCUGGUCAUGGACCUUUCAGCCAUUUAUUUGAACGAGAAUUUCUACCAAGGGUUCUAAAAGGAAUAGAGUGGUCUCACGAACAAAUGUCAGUCGACAUGGUGGAUUACAUUGUUCAUGAACACAACGUUGACAUUGAUUCUGAUGUUCUAAAAAAAGUGAAAGCAAUGAUUCUUGCUAGCUGUGGGAUCUCAUCUUCCAAAGAAGUAAAAGAGAAGCGUUUCUUGUAUGAUAUUGUAGCGAAUGGUCGAAAUGGAAUUGAUGUUGACAAGUUCGAUUAUAUUGUGCGUGAUUGCCGAGCUUGUGGCCUUGGGUGCAAUUUUCAAUAUGACAGGUUAUUAGAAAGCAUGCGGGUUAUGGGUGAUGAAAUAUGCUACCCUUCAAAGGAGUACCUUACUGUCCACAAAUUAUUUUAUACUCGUGCUGAUCUCCAUCGAACGGUCUAUACUCAUGCCAAAGUUAAGGCAAUGGAGCUAAUGGUUGUGGAUGCACUUACUCUUGCGAAUGAAUACCUAUCUAUAUCUUCUCAUAUAUUCAACCCUGUGGAGUACUGGAAGUUGGAUGAUACAAUCAUAAAAGCUAUUGAAACAGCUCCUGAUCAAGAGUUGAAAGAAUCUAGGGAUUUGAUCCGACGUUUACGUAGAAGGGAUUUAUACCAGUUUUGCAAUGAGUAUGCUGUUCCCAAGGAUCAAGUGGAACAUUUCAAAGACAUCACUCCACAAGAUAUUGUUUGUUCUCAGAAAAGUGUAGGAGCAAUUCUAAGAGAAGAGGAUGUUGCUGUCAGCAACGUUAAGAUUGAUUUCACCCGUGGGAAUCAGAACCCACUUGCAAGCAUCCAUUUUUUCACGGAUUAUGAGAGUGAGGAGAAACUCACCAUUCCAAAUGAGCGCAUCAGCCACUUGUUGCCCACAUCUUACAAGGAUACAAUAGUCAGGGUCUACUCUAAGAAGCCUGAACUGGUGGAGGCAGUUUCUGAGGCCUUCGGAAAUUUUCAGCUCAAAACAUAUGGGAUCAAAACUCAGGUGCAUGAGACGCCGGAAAAGAAGAAAAGGAGAAAAUAAGAGAGACAUCACAUAUAAAAGAAUAUGAGAAGAAAAAUACACACACGUAUAGAAGGACAAGAGACGUACAUAUAAAAGAACACGUAACAGAUAUUGAUGGCCUAGAUGAAAAUCUGUAGUCUUUUAUGCAGAUUAUGGUGAAUCACAAACUGCAUGAAGCUAUUUUCGUUAUUCUUUCAGAUCCACGUGGGUUUGGCUUCAAGGAGUUGAUAACGGUGUUUGAAAGGUAAUCUUAUAGGUUGACAUGCCCGCUCGUGAAAUUGGUCUUUUCAUGCAUGGCCCUCUUUUUCCGGUUACUUUUUUUUUUUCUUUUGUGCGAGAAGCAUCUAGUUUGCAUAAGAAAGGUCACUGAGCUCCGUGACAAUUUUGAGCACACUGUAAAAAUAUUAGCCAAGAUGAUAUAAUUUUUUGUGAAAUUUAACUAGGUCCA